GUCCACAACAUGGGACCCAGAAACAAAACAGGAGUUUCAGAAUUCCUUCUUAUGGAAGUGACAAAGGAUCUGGAACUGCAGCCACUCCAUUUCAUUCUGUUCUUGUCCAUUUACCUGGUAACCACUCUGGGAAACCUGCUCAUCAUCCUGGCUGUCACCUCUGACUCUCACCUCCACACCCCCAUGUACUUCUUUCUCUACAACCUGUCCUUUACUGACAUUUGUUUAAGCACAACCACGAUCCCAAAAAUGCUGGUGAACAUCCAAACACAGAAUCAGAGCAUCACUUAUACAGGCUGCCUCACCCAGCUCUGCUCUGUGCUGGUAUUUGGUAGUUUGGAAAGUUUUCUCCUUGCAAUUAUGGCCUAUGACCGAUACGUAGCCAUUUGUCACCCACUGAGAUACAUGGCCAUCAUGAACUUUCGCCUUUGUGGCUGGCUGAUUCUAUCCUCCUUGUUUAUUAGCAUCGUGGAUGCCCUGCUCCACAGUCUGAUGGUGUUGCAGCUGACGUUUUGCACAGACCUGGAAAUCCCCCUCUUCUUCUGUGAAGUUGUUCAGGUCAUCAAGCUUGCAUGCUCUGAUACCCUCGUCAACAAUAUCCUAAUAUAUUUGACAGCUAGCAUAUUUGGUGGUGUUCCUGUGUGUGGAAUCAUAUUCUCCUAUACUCAAAUUGUCUCCUCAGUUUUGAGAAUGCCAUCAGCGGGUGGAAAGUACAAAGCUUUUUCCACCUGUGGGUCUCACCUCUCUGUUGUGUCCUUAUUCUAUGGCACGGGCUUGGGGGUGUACAUUAGCUCUGCCCUUAUCAAUUCUUCCAGGCAGACGGCAGUGGCUUCAGUGGUUUAUGCAGUUGUCCCUCAAAUGCUGAACCCCUUCAUCUAUAGUUUGAGGAACAGGGACAUGAAGGAAGCUUUGAAAAGACUCAUCAGUAAGAUACCACUGCCUUUUCAGGACUAUGUUAUUUAA